CCCGGGUCCUAGGGCGGCCCGGGUUUGCAGCCCCCGCCCCAGGCCAUGUGGCAGCCUCACAGCGCCGAGGCGUUCGCGGCGGCCCUCGGCGGGGUCUUCUUCCUGCUUCUCUUCGCCCUGGGGGUCCGCCAGCUGCUGAAGCAGAGACGGCCGUCGGGCUUCCCCCCAGGACCGUCGGGGCUACCAUUUAUCGGCAACAUCUACUCACUGGCCGCCUCGGCCGAACUCCCCCAUGUCUACAUGAAAAAGCAGAGCCAGGUGUACGGCGAGAUCUUCAGUUUGGAUCUUGGAGGUAUAUCAGCUGUGGUUCUAAAUGGCUAUGAUGUAGUAAAGGAAUGCCUUGUUCAUCAAAGUGAAAUUUUUGCAGACAGACCAUGUCUUCCUUUAUUCAUGAAGAUGACAAAAAUGGGAGGCUUACUGAAUUCCAGAUAUGGCCAAGGAUGGAUUGAUCACAGAAAAUUAGCUGUAAAUAGCUUUCGCUGUUUUGGAUAUGGCCAGAAAUCUUUUGAAUCUAAAAUCUUAGAAGAAACCAAAUUUUUCAUUGAUGCUGUUGAAACAUACAAUGGUAGCCCUUUUGACUUAAAACAAUUAGUAACAAAUGCUGUUUCAAACAUAACCAAUCUGGUCAUUUUUGGAGAACGAUUCACUUAUGAAGACACUGAUUUUCAGCACAUGAUUGAGUUAUUUAGUGAAAAUGUGGAACUAGCUGCCAGCGCCACAGUCUUCCUCUAUAAUGCCUUUCCAUGGAUUGGCAUCUUACCUUUUGGAAAACAUCAACAAUUGUUUAGAAAUGCAGCUGUGGUCUAUGACUUUCUCUCUAGGCUUAUUGAAAAAGCUUCCAUCAACAGAAAACCGCAGUUACCUCAGCAUUUUGUUGAUGCUUAUUUAGAUGAGAUGGAAAGAAGUAAAAAUGACCCAUCAUCUACUUUCUCCAAAGAAAACCUAAUUUUCUCUGUGGGUGAACUCAUCAUUGCUGGAACUGAAACUACAACUAAUGUGCUACGGUGGGCAAUUCUUUUCAUGGCCCUUUAUCCUAACAUUCAAGGACAAGUUCAGAAAGAGAUUGAUUUAAUUAUAGGACCCAGUGGGAAGCCUUCUUGGGAUGACAAGUGCAAAAUGCCUUAUACCGAAGCAGUUUUACAUGAGGUUUUAAGAUUCUGUAACAUAGUGCCAUUAGGGAUUUUCCAUGCAACCUCUGAGGAUGCAGUUGUACGUGGUUAUUCCAUUCCUAAAGGCACAACAGUAAUCACAAAUCUUUAUUCUGUACACUUUGAUGAAAAGUAUUGGAGAGACCCAGAAAUAUUCUAUCCAGAGCGAUUUCUGGACAGCAGUGGAUAUUUUGCCAAGAAGGAAGCUUUGAUUCCCUUUUCCCUAGGGAGAAGACAUUGUCUUGGAGAACAGCUGGCUCGGAUGGAAAUGUUCCUGUUUUUCACAACAUUGCUUCAGAGGUUUCAUUUGCAUUUUCCGCAUGAACUGGUUCCAAAUCUGAAGCCCAGGUUAGGCAUGACAUUGCAACCCCAGCCCUACCUCAUCUGUGCAGAAAGACGCUGAAAGUACACAGAUGUUUUGUGGAACAAGCUGUUUGCCUCACCCCCAAACCUUAUUUAAUUCCUGUGUUUGCACAGGAAUCACAGCAUCAUAAAGCCAAA